UGGCCUUCUACAUUUUCUGGAAUUGAGGUAAUUGUCAAUAGAGAGACUCCCUAUCAUCAGGAUCUAGGAGCAUUGCCAUCAGUCUAUGACCUUCUGGUUAGCUUGGGUCAAGAUCACCAGGCCAUGCUAGAUCUCCAUGACCUGGGUGCUCAACUAGGAUAUCCCCCUGGGACUAUGGUAUAUAUCUCAGGCAAGGUGCUAGAGCAUGGCAUGCCAAGUUGGGGUGAUGGAGAGAGGAUUAUGAUUGCC